AUGGACCAGGAAACGGCAACUGAAAGUCUACUGCGGAAACGGGCGCAAAAUAAUGGUGGUGCAACAUCACCAGCAGCAGAAACAACUUCGGCAACUGCAAAUGGCAAAAUCGCCAAUCACAACAAUCAACAGAAUCAUCACCAUCAUGCCAAAUCAACGACAAAUCUAUCAUCUACGAGCAGCAGGACUACAAAAGCUACAACAAACCACCAUCUCUCAACCACCGGCACAUUUAUGAAACUAAAAACCUAUCUACUAGCCCUACGACCCUGGUCAUUGUCGGCCAGUUUGGUACCCACCCUAUUGGGUUCAGCAUUAGCCUUUCGUUCCCAGUGGUCGGCGGAUUUCUCCUUUAUCACGUUGUUCCUGACCAUUUUCACCGUUGUCACGGUCCAUUGUGCCGGUAAUGUGGUUAAUACAUAUUUUGAUUUUAUCAAAGGAAUUGAUAAACAAAAGGCUGAUGAUCGUACCCUGGUGGAUCACAUUCUAACAAAAGAUGAGGUUGUUUCUCUGGGUGCUAUAUUAUAUAUGGCUGGUUGUGUGGGCUUCAUUUGCCUGGCCAUAUUGAGUCCAGCCAAAAUGGAACAUUUAGCCCUAAUAUACUUUGGUGGCCUCUCGUCAAGUUUCCUCUAUACCGGUGGUAUUGGUUUCAAGUACAUUGCCCUCGGCGAUUUGGUAAUACUGAUAUGGUUCGGUCCCAUCUCAGUGCUAUUUGCAUUCAUGUCACAGACUGGUCAUGUCGACUGGACUACCAUCUACUAUGCCAUACCGUUGGCCCUCAACACCGAGGCGAUUCUGCACAGUAACAAUACACGUGAUGUGGAAAAUGAUCGUAAAGCCGGUAUCGUAACAUUGGCCAUACUAAUUGGACGCACUGCCUCCCAUGUCCUAUAUGCUUUGCUAUUGUUUACACCGUAUAGUGUAUUUGUCGUUUAUGCUAUGAAAUAUUCGGUAUGGUUUCUGUUGCCUUUGAUAACGGUGCCGCAGGCGUUCCGUAUUGAAAAACAAUUCCGCAACGAACAGACAAUGAAUAAUGUGCCAAGACAGACGGCAAAAUUGAAUUUCUUCUUUGGUAUUCUGUAUGUGGUGGCAUGUUGUUGUGCCAGCCAGUUGCCUAGUUUAAGUUACAAUGGAAAACAUUGA